AUGGCCACGAUUUGGCCACGCCUAGCAUAUGCCUUGGCAUUGUGCUUGAUUAUAAGCGGUGUGGGUGCCGACAGUGAGCCGGUUCCAUAUAAGUACGAGUCGCCACCUCCACCACCAUACAAGUAUAAGUCGUCACAACCUCUUCCAUACAAGUACAAGUCACCUCCUCCCCCACCUUACAAGUCACCACUACCACCUCCGUACAAGUACGAGUCGCCACCUCCACCUCCAUACAAAUAUAAGUCACCAACACCACCUCCAUAUACGUACGAGUCACCACCACCACCUCCAUAUAAGUACAAGUCACCACCACCACCUCCUCCAUACAUGUAUGAGUCACCACAACCACUUCCAUACAAGUACGAGUCACAUCCUCCUCCUCCGUACAAGUACAAGUCACCACCACCUCCUCCGUAUAAGUACGAGUCACCACCACCACCUCCAUACAAGUAUAAGUCACCACCACCUCCUCCGUACAAGUAUGAGUCACCACCUCCACCUCCAUACAAGUACAAGUCAUCAACACCACCUCCGUACAAGUACGAGUCACCACCUCCACCUCCAUACAAGUACAAGUCACCACCACCACCUCUAUACAAGUACGAGUCACCUCCUCCUCCUACAUACAAGUAUAAGUCACCACCACCUCCUCCGUACAAGUACGAAUCCCCUACUCCACCUCCAUACAAGUAUAAGUCACCACCACCUCUUUCGUACAAGUACAAGUCACCUCCUCCUCCUCCCUAUAAGUACAAGUCUCCACCACCACCUCCGUACAAGUACGAGUCACCUCCUCCUCCUCCAUACAAGUACAAGUCACCACCACCACCUCCAUACAAGUAUGAGUCUCCACCUCCACCUCCAUACAAGUACAAGCCACCACCUCCACCUCCGUACAAGUAUGAGUCACCACCUCCACCUCCAUACAAGUACAAGUCACCACCACCACCUCCAUACAAGUACGAGUCACCUCCUCCUCCUCCAUACAAGUACAAGUCACCACCACCACCUCCAUACAAGUAUGAGUCUCCACCUCCACCUCCAUAUAAGUACAAGUCACCACCUCCACCUCCGUACAAGUAUGAGUCACCACCUCCACCUCCAUACAAGUACAAGUCACUACCACCACCUCCAUACAAGUAUGAGUCACCUCCACCUCCUCCUUACAAGUAUAAGUCACCACCACCACCUCCAUACAAGUAUGAGUCACCUCCUCCUCCUCCUUACAAGUACAAGUCACAACCUCCUCCUCCAUACAAGUAUGAGUCACCACCUCCACCUCCAUACAAGUACAAGUCACCACCACCACCUCCAUACAAGUACGAGUCACCACCUCCACCUCCAUACAAGUAUAAGUCGCCACCACCACCUCCAUACAAGUAUGAGUCACCUCCUCCUCCUCCGUACAAGUACAAGUCACCACGUCCUCCUCCGUACAAGUACGAGUCGCCACCUCCACCUCCAUACAAGUACAAGUCGCCACCUCCACCUCCAUACAAGUACAAGUCACCACCACCUCCUACAUACAAGUACGAGUUGCCACCUCCACCACCAUACAAGUACGAGUCACCACCACUUCCUCCAUACAAGUAUGAAUCACCUCACCCACUUCCCCCAUAUGCUUACAAGUCACCACCACCACCCACACAUUACAAGUAA